UAGUUUAGACUUUUGAUUUUGUUCUUAUUUUGAGUGAGAUACAUGUACAUUUGUAGUAUUCCGGCUACAGUACUGGUACUCAUAUUUAUAGCAAUAUAGGCCUCGAUCUAGAUGCAAUUUUGGUCCAGGUUCGUUCAGUAGUUUUCUCUCUGGGCCGAGGACGAUGCUGGACAAAACCAAAGGGAAGGAUGCGGCCGUGCAAGACGACCUUUGGUCAUCCAUUUUGAACGAUGUCCGGACGUCAUCGGCUCCAAGACAACGCGUUGCCGCUAAGAACCUUCUCAUUGUGGGCGAUGUCAACUCCGGCAAGAACUCGGUCGUCACCCGACUACGACACAAGGAUGCCAGCAGUGGGCCCGAAGUGGACGAGGCCCGUGGCUGUGGCAUGGAGUACACGUAUGUGGAUGUCAACUACGAGGAUUUCGACGAUGUGUAUGCGCGAUUAGGCGUGUGGAUACUGGAUGGAGAUGAGAAGUAUCAGCCGCUGUUGAACUACUGUCUCAAUGAGAAAAGCAUUGAUACGGCGGUGGCAAUGGUGGUCGUCGACCUCUCUAAGCCGUGGACUGUGCUGUCGUCUCUGCAACGGUGGCUGUCGGUUCUUGGUCAGCACAUCAACUCUCUGAAAAUCGACCCGAAGCAGAGAAAAGAAAUGGAAGAGAAACAGGUAAAGUUCUUCCAAUCCUAUACCGAGCCAACAGAAGCAUCCCCGGCUGGCACUGGACCAGCAGCAGGAGCAGCGGGUUCAACAGCGGCUGGUACAGGAGCGGACGAUGAGAAAGUUCUCCUGCCUCUCGGCGAAGAUGUGCUCGUGGAAAACUUGGGAAUUCCUAUUGUUAUCGUUGCUGCAAAGUCUGACGCGUUUGCACAGCUGGAGAAAGAGGACGACUACAGCGAGGAACACUUUGACUUCAUUCAGCUGCAGCUGCGACGAGUCUGCCUGAAAUACGGCGCCUCUCUGGUGUACGUGUCGAGCAAGGACAGCAGGAACUGCGAUCUGCUGUACAGCUACCUGAUUCACGUUGCGUACGAUCUGCCGUUCAAGGACGUCGCCACCGUCGUCGACCGCGACGCCAUUUUCGUGCCCAUGGGCUGGGAUAGCGGGAAGAAGAUUGCACUCCUGCAGGAGCAGAUGACGACAAUGUCUGCAGACGACACGUUCGAGGAGCGUAUUCCCGAGCCGCCAUCGCGGAAGCCCGCACAAGAUCAAGUUCCUGUCACAGCCGAGGCUGACCAGAUUUUCUUGCUGCGUCAGCAAGCUCAUCUGGGCAUCCCUGCUGCUUCAGGUGGCUCUGCCCCGCCAAGAGCUGGGGAUACGCCGGCACAGCGGGUUCCUGCUGCAAACAACCGCUCUCCGCGCACCGAGCGCAGGGCACCCGCUCCGGCCACCACGGCAUCUGCAGCGUCGGCCGUAGCAGCCGGCGGUACCGGCGAGACCGUCUUGGCCAGCUUUUUCCAGAGCCUGCUGCAGAAGAAGCCCGGCGCAGCUGGAGGCCGUACUCCUGGCCAACCAGCCACUGGCAGUGCUUCACCGGCCGUGCCCGCUGGCGACAAGAGCCAACCGAAGAAAUCAUAGGUGUUCAGUCGUCGUCUUGAGCACCCGCCCACCUCGCCAUUUCCCUGCUCUCUCUCUCUCUCUCUCUCUCUCUCUCUCUCUCUCUCUCGCUCGCUCGCUCGCUCGCUCUCAUUUGGAGGUUGUAUUGAUGUCAGCCGCGGUGUGAGUUUGCGAUACCCGCUCGCCUCAAUGCACUGCUGCCCGACUGCUGUGUAGGUGCUGUGUAGGCGCUGUUUCUAUCGAGGGAAACUGUUACUUGGUGUCUGCGCGUAUUACAUAUCGUCUGUACGCCAUCAUGCUUUCCCCGCCUGGACAAGUGCAGCUGGGAUGUGAUAGCCGUGACGUAAGUGUGCGCCAUUGGCGCUACUCGAUUCGUCCACACAGCACCUACCCACCUGCAUGUUCACACAGCGCACACCUGACCUGCAUUGCCCUAGCCGCAAGCAUCAUAAUCAUGCGAUCAGAUGUCCUGCGUCAGUUCUACCCCGGCCCCCGUCUCCUCGCUACAUCGAUAUCCACACUGGCACCCCAUGUUGAUUAUAAUUAUGCCACGUUUCUUUUCGCUGACCAAUUUACUCCCCUCUCGCACGCACGCACAUGCUUUCAUCAUAGCCAGCUGCUGGUUUUGAAUCCGCCGUGAACUUUAGACGCACCCGCCGUGUCGAUUGCAUAAAGAUAUAUUCAGAGCUUCGCGCCCCUGGGCCUUCAUUUGUGCCAUUCGUUAGACAGUAUUUACUCUGGCCAUCAUUUCUUUUGCUCGCACUUUAAUUUACAAUUUACGUUGUUUUUCGCACCAACCACACUUGUUUUUUUCCGGGUCACUCAUGUUUUUUUCCAGGUCAGAAGUGUUUUUUCCGGGUCACACAUGUUUUUUCCGGGUCAUGCAUGUUUUUCCCCGGGUCAUACAUGUUUUUUUCCCGGGUCACAAUAAUAUCACUAUAGACUGUGUGACCCCACAGCUGCUCCCGUUUAGCUCUGGUUUAUAGCAGAAUCUAAUAAUUGACGCACGAAAUCUCUUCGAAACCGCACGAAACACACGCUCCCCCGCCUGCCCCUGUUUCCGUUUCGCUCCCGUCCGUGUCGCUACUGUUGUCGCAGUGCCUAUUUCAUCUUGUUGUUUUGUUGUACUUUUUUCCCUUGCCCCUGCUUCAUAUGCCUGCUAAGUGUGUGUAUUGUAUUCGGUUCUAUUCAUUGGCGCUUUUCCACCUUGGUGUUGUUUCUGCCUGUCCCCUUUUUUUGCCUUUGACUCAUUCGUGUUUGGGUUUUCUUAGUGCUCUGGGCGAAUCCCACUUGCAUAAAUGUACGUGAUUUCUGGCGCUGAAUACAAAACUCUUUCAGCUCGUA